GACGCCGCCGGACGCCGACCUCCAGCCUCCAGAAAUAAUUCAAAAGUUAUUGCUCCUAAACAAUUAUCCGAUAAUCAAAAAAGAAAAAAAAUGCAAGGAGAACUCGAAUUUUAUAGAGUAUAGACUGCGAAGACUCACAAUAAUGCAAAGAGAUCUUCUCGAAUCUUCGGCUAGCUUUUAAGUGAAAAACAUGGCUCCCGGGAAACUUACGAGACUUUUACCUAAAACCGCCGCCGCCGCUCACAACCUAAUUCCGCCGCAUAAACUGCCGCUGUCAGUUCUCGACCCUGCCAUCGGGAAUCUCCCGGCAGCCACCCAAACACAGCUGACCCGCCUAGUCAAGACGCACCUAACAUCUUCCUUCACCCCUAACGAUCUUCUUUCCUUUCUCCGAAAUCGCAUCCACCAUCACCCCACCCUCACCCACCUCGACUUCCACCUCUUCCGCUGCGCCGCCACCGUCGACUCCUUCCGCCACGACCACUCCACCUUCGAAUGGAUGUCACGCACGCUCGCCAUCUCCCACCGCCUCGACUCCCUCUCGUCCCUCCUCCAGUUCAUCGCCGCCAACCCCUGCCCCUGCGCCGACGGCAUCUUCUCCUGCCCUAGAACCGAACCGAUCUUCCGUUUCGCAAUCAAUGCGUUCUGCAGAUCCGGCAGAUUUGACGAUGCUCUGCUUGCAUUCGACACUAUGAAGCGGUUGAUUGACGGUAAGCCCGAAGCAGCUAUGUAUAACAUUGUGAUCCACGGAUUUGUUAAGUUCAGGCAUCAUGAUAAGGCUAUUGAAUUCUAUCAUAGAAUGAUCAAGGAUCGAGUUAAACCCGAUGUGAUUACGUUUAACACCUUGAUUAGUGGGCAUUGCAGAAAUUCCCAGCUAGGGUUGGCCUUGCAGAUGUUCAAGGAGAUGAAAAACCACGGCUGUGUCCCAAACAUCAUCAGCUUCAACACUCUGAUCAAGAGAUUCCUAAUGGAAGACAAGAUUGAGGAGGGGAUUGGCAUGGCGUGCGAGAUGAUUGAAUUGGGACAUGGGAUAUCAAGUGUGACUUGUGAGAUUUUGGUCGACGGGCUUUGUAGAAAGGGGAUGAUCGCGAGUGCUCGUGAUCUCCUCAUGGAUUUUUCAAGAAAAGGUGUAUUGCCUCGCGAUUUUGAUUACUCUCCCAUAGUUGAGAGGCUAUGCGGCGAAGGGAACGGAGGGCGGGCAAUGGAGUUGGUUUACGAGCUAUGGGGCCGGGGGAACCCUCCGAGCGUAAUUGCUUGUACAAUCUUAAUUGAAGGGCUGAGGAAAGAAAGACGGACUCCAGAAGCAUCUAAGCUCGCAUCGGAUAUGCUAACCGAAUGCAUAGUUCCGGAUGGUGUGACAUUCAAUUGUCUCAUCAGUAGCUUGUGUGAAGAAGGGAAAUCACGGGAAGCAAAUGAGUUGAGGCUCUUGGCUUCUCCUAAGGGAUUGCAGCCUGAUGCAGUGACUUACAGUGUUUUGAUUCAAGGGUUUGCCAUGGAGGGUAAAAGGAAAGAAGGGGAGAUCUUGUUGGAUGAGAUGCUGGAAAAGGGGUUAAUACCAGAUAUUUUUACCUAUAACAGGUUCAAGGAUGAACUUACAAAAGGAAAAAUAAAAUGUUCGUGAGUUAACAAAAGUCAUCUUUUGUUAGAAAGAGCAGGAAACCGAGAUCGUUGAACUGGAAUUGGGAGACGAGUAAUACAACCAAUCCUCUCAAGAUUAUAAAACCUAGAGCAUGAUUUUGGAAUCAGGGAUGAGUUUUGAGGAUGGUAUGUGGUUCAUUAUCAUAGUUGAUAUCAAGUGGACAAUACUGCACAGAGAGUUGAGGGUUGGUAUAAAUAAUACUUAAUACCUAACUACGGUUUAAAGGUUGUGUAUUAGUUCCCCAAAACAUAACAAAACUGAUCAGGGCAUUCUUACAUGUUUUGGUGAAUGUACUGUUGUCUCUAGCAAGUUUGAACAAAUUGCCUGUUUGGUA